AUGGAAAAAAAAAGAUCUUGUCCGUUCAUAACUAUAUUAAAAAAAAAAAAGAAAAUAACUGACGAAGAGGCAAAGCAAAUUACUAACCUUCGUAAAGAAAUUUUUGUAGCAACAAAGGUAGAUGAAGCAACAAUUGCUCGUGUUAUUGCUAAAUUCAAUAAAUAUAGAAACAUUACAUCAUUAGAACAAGGUCACCGACCUCCCAAAGAUUUUCAAGUAGAAUACGUGAAUGCAAUUCAUGAUUUAAUUUUAUCUGCAAAUAGAAACAGUCUUUCUCUUUCUCUUCAAGAUAUAGUCUUUCAAUUAUUUGAAUUAGGCUUUGAGGAAAUAACUUUAGAUGUAGUUGUUUCGAGCUGGAAAAAAUGUUUAGGUAAGAUGGGAAACUAUUGGGAAAUAGUUGAUAAUGGAAUAAAUGACAAGAGUGAAGAUAAAGAUAUAAACUUGUAUUUAGAAGACAAAAAUCUUAAUGAGAAAGUGUAG